ACUUGAUUUCCUUUGUUGCAGGAUAUCAGGCAUGAAGCCAGUGACUUUCCAUGUAAAGUGGCCAAACAUCCCAGAAACAAAACCCGAAACAGGUACAGAGAUGUCAGCCCCUUUGAUCACAGUCGAAUUAAACUACACCAAGGUGACAAUGAUUAUAUCAAUGCCAGUUUGAUAAAAAUGGAAGAGGCCCAAAGGAGCUACAUCCUUACCCAGGGUCCUCUGCCAAAUACUUGUGGUCACUUUUGGGAGAUGGUUUGGGAACAGAAAAGCCGUGGUGUUGUCAUGCUGAACAGAGUGAUGGAAAAGGGAUCAGUAAAAUGCGCACAAUACUGGCCACAAAAAGAGGAGAAAGAAAUGCUUUUUGAAGACACAAACUUGAAGUUAACUUUGAUCUCUGAAGAUAUAAAAUCAUAUUACACAGUACGACAGCUAGAAUUAGAAAACCUUACAACACAAGAAACGAGAGAAAUUCUGCACUUUCAUUAUACAACAUGGCCUGACUUUGGAGUUCCAGAGUCUCCUGCCUCAUUCCUUAAUUUCCUGUUCAAAGUGAGAGAGUCUGGAUCACUCAGCCUGGAGCAUGGACCUGUUGUGGUGCACUGUAGUGCAGGAAUUGGGAGAUCAGGAACUUUUUGUUUGGUUGAUACAUGUCUUCUUUUGAUGGACAAGAGGAAAGAUCCUUCUUCUGUGGACAUUAAGCAGGUUCUGUUAGAAAUGAGAAAGUACAGAAUGGGGCUCAUACAGACAGCAGAUCAACUCCGUUUCUCUUACUUAGCUGUUAUUGAAGGAGCAAAAUUCAUUAUGGGAGAUGCUUCAGUGCAGGAACAGUGGAAAGAACUCUCCAAUGAAGACCUGGAUCCACCACCAGAACAUACUCCUCCACCGCCCAGGCCACCAAAGCGAACCUCAGAGAUGCACAAUGGAAGGAUGCAUGAACACACAGAGUUCUUCCCUAAGCAUCAGGUGGUAGAGGAAGAGGUCAGAUGUAUGACCAGCACUGUAGAAGAGAUGAUUCCUGAUGGCAGAGCUUGCUCAUCUGUAAAGCUGGACACAGACAGCACUAGUCAAGACACUGAACUUCGGAGGAGAACUGUUGGUGACCACCUGUCUCUCUCAAAUCGCAACGAAGAGCCGAUGACUUUGGAAAACAUAGAAGAGGAGGAUGAGAACAUGAUGACAACUUGGAAGCCAUUUCUAGUGAAUAUCUGUAUGUUCACUGUCCUCACAGCAGGAGCUUACCUCUGCUACCGGGUAUGGUUUCACUGAUGGAUGUGCCAGCAGGAUUGUGUGUGUGAACACCAUUGUUUUGACUGGCUUGUAAUCCGCUUCUAUCUGAGAGCGCUAAUUGAGGCAUCUGAGCCUUGUCUCGAUGGAAAUACAACUUAGUUUGGAAGGCUGGAACUUUGGCUAGGGCUUAAGGAGAAUUGAUGCACUAGGGUUUAAUUUAGCCCUGUGGUCCCAAGAACAGAAUACUCUAUCUAAUCUCAGGGCCUUAAAAUCUUCAGGAGUAAGCAGAGAAAAUGCCAAAUAGUCUUGUUUUUUCUUUCUUUUUUUUUAAAAUGGAAUAAUAGAAUUACAACACAUUGUUGUUUUUAGCCUUUUUUAAAAGCCAGUUCUUUUUUUUUUUUUUCUUCGUGUUAUUUUAGGAAAAAAACUAGGCACAAGUGAAACUUGCUUGUACUCUCCACGUGUUGUAACCAAAUAUGUGAUUUAUAUUAUUACUGAGUUCCCAAAAAAGGAAAAACAAAACCCACAUGUCUGAAGAAUGUAAACUUUUUUGGAAGGGGGAGGGCUCUCUUUUGACUUGCUUCAUCUGUUAAAGACUGAGUCGUGGGCAGUGCCUGUGGUAUUGAUCUCUUUCAUCUUGGCAUAACUGUUCUUAAGUAGCUUCUCGUUUUUACGUGUGUUGAUAAACACAGGCUUCUGCAUUUGCUCAGGGUAUCCCAAUGUGUCAGACUUAUUUUUAAAGAAAAAUAAUAAUAAUAACUUUAACUCCCCUCAAUUAUUUUGUUGCACUUGACUUGCACAUUUGCCUGUUCACAUUGUACCAUCUUCUGUAAAGUUGUUUCUACCUUUUGUGUUCUGGGUUUGGGGAAGAGGCAGGGAGGGAGAGGACCAGGAAAGGAAAUUCAACCAAGCCAUCCAUGUCCACCAGCAUCCAGCAGCUGUUCAGUUGGCAUUUCAAAGGACUAGUUUUUAAACCUCACCAUUUAGAAUGUAAAAUGGAGUUUCACUCGAAAUCUGCUUGGCAAGUAGUGUGCUUUGUGCACCAGCGAGAGAGGGAGGACACGGUGACUCAAGGGUGACAUGAGCGAUGGCUGAGACCAUUUCAAUAAAUCCAGAGCAGUCAAUGCCACGGCAGCUUCCUUAGGAUCAACAGCAAAUGCGUUGGUCUGAAUGUACCAGAUGGCUUAUGAUGCAAGCAUUUGUGUGUGGCUUUUUUUUUUUAAAAGCAAAGAUUCAAUAUUGGCUUUAGCAUUGGCUUGAAGUUAUGCUGUAUGUAGGGGUGCAGAGGUGAAAGUACACAAGUCUUGCAGCUCUGCAGAGGUGGCAGGAAGGGGGAGUUAUUUUAGCUAGAGUCCGGUGAGUGGAGAGACUGGUGGCUUUGUCCCCAUUCAUACUGUACCCCACCAAAAGUGAUUGACAGUUUGGCUCGGUUGGUGGCUCCAACUCCAGAGAAGCCCAGGGUUUGAAUAGUAUAGAGGGUUUGUCAGUCAAGAUUUAGGGGAAGAGGGGGUGCAGAAGCAGAGCUGUGACUGAAAGCUCGCAUUGCACUAAACCUGCUCAGAGUCGGUGCUGUCAGUCUCUUCCUUUCAUGAGUACCAAAUUACUACGUAAGAACAGCAACAACAACAAAAAUAGAAAACUUCGCUCAUGGGGCAGGUAUUAGGAGCAAAUUCACUACCUAAACUGUAGUGGUUAUAACUAAUCAAUGAGGACUGAUCUGCAACAGUAUUACCAAUUAGAACUUUUUUUUUUUACAUGCCUUCUAGAGGUAUAGCACUUAUUCACCACUCAGUGAAAAUCCCUUUAUGGAGUAACUUGUGUAACAGUCUUCACUCCAUAUUUAUUUUUGCAAGGCUGUCUGUCACACUAGUUCUUUCCUUAAAUGAACGAGGUGUUGACUUGGGGAGGGGGGGUAUUUUUAUUUAGUUUGGGUUUGGAGUUGGGGUUUUUUUUAAAUGUUAAGCUUGCAUCAAGGGCUUCUCAAAAGUUCAAUAAUAAAUCCUCAGGUAGUACUGGGAAAUUAACAUUUACCUGCAAGACUGUUGGUCAGACCAGUACUUGAAAGGAGGAAUAUUGUAAGCAGUCAAUUAUUUAGUAAUAUUGGAAACAUGAAAAAUAUGAGUAUAGAAAAUGGUAUAAUAUAUAAUAAUGGAUCAUCUGUGUAUUUAAGAUACAGUAUGUGAUUGCUUUGUCCCCAUUAUUCUUUCCAUCAUCUGGUAGAAUAUUAAGGCACCAUUUGUACCCUGUUUGUAUUAGAAUGCAUGUAAAGUCUUCUUCUAGCGUCCCGAUUUAAAUACUAUGUGCUUGAAAGGUGAAAGAACUUAUAUUUCUGCUUACUGAUGUGCCCAAAGUAUAUUUGCAUGAUCUGAUCAUUAAGUGACUGUGGUUCAAAGGGUGUUGCUGAAAGUGUCUUCAUUCAGCGAUAGAUUGAUUAGGUAUUUAUCAGAUAACGUUGUACUCGCCUAAUAUUUGGCAUGACUUUUCUAUGGGAUUUCUACGUACUCAGUGUAACCCAGUUGUUUAGCAUAGUUCAUUUCAGCUGAGUAAGUAUAGUACAAACAUUCCAAAGUGUGUAGCAAGCCAUAUUCACACCUCACCUUUAGUCACUUUUUGGCAACAGAUAUUUCAACACUUUGGGAAUAUGACUUACUGUGCUGCCUUCAGAUUUGCACUUGAGGGAAACCCUGAGUCUGGAAUGGUCACCGGUGACAGUGAGAUUUGAGUGCUUUUUGCCAGGCCACUUUUUCCAUGAUCUCUGGAAACAAAGCAAAACUCCUGAAGUACGUAAUUGGUGACCCAUAAGCAGAAUGUGACUGAGUAGCUAUUUCCUCCCUCAUUUGGGGAAACUUUUUAAACUGGGAGCUAAUGAGCAAGCAUAGCGUCCCUCCUUAGGAUCCAUGGUAACUUGAUUGUACUGUACUUGCAACCUUUUCCAUAAAGGAAAACAGACCUCUCUCUACAGAGAGAAAAAGCAGCUCUAGCUAAUACGUCCCUUCCUGCCAGCUAACUUUGCUGCUUGCCUUUCACCUGUUUCAAGUCGAGAGGACUUGUACUAUAGCGGGAACAUACAGUGGAGUGCCCUGUAAGCCCUGUGAGGUGUGUAUAAGGCUUAUAAUGCUAAACUGUAAGCAUUUUGUUUUUGAUGUCCUGUAUAUGUAUGUAGUAGUUUGGGUGUGUAUAUACAGUAGCAUUUCAAAGUAGGUGUAUUGGUUAACCUGUUCUUGGAAAAAUGGACAAAUAUCCAUGUUAAACUUGUUAGAAAGUUAGUGAGCUGCUCUGCUAUAUGCCUUAAGCAAAUAUGUACUCAUCAGGUCUUUUUCUUUUUUACAGAUUGCCAUAGAAUAAACUUUUUUAAGAAAAAUAAAAAACAGAACAAAAAAAAAAGAAAAGCUACAUGUUUUGGUAUAAUACACUUUCAGGUAUCUUGUCUUUUGUGUAAGCUUCUGCAAAGACCUCAACAGGUUACAGUAAAAUUGUACAGUUUUUCAAUUUCCCAUACAAGUUUUCAGUUCUCAUUUUAGUUAACAAUAAAGUUCUUUUUUUAAAGAAUGUA